AAAGAACAACUCCUUUACAGUUACAGUCCAUUUGUAAACACCAUUACAUUCACCACCUUUAAUGUAUGUUUUAUAAAGUACCAUAAAUUAUUUUCAAAACACAAAAUGCAAACAUCGGUUCGAUUGUUAUACCACAUAUCAUUUUUCUAUUUUAGUUUUGUUUUAAAAGUGUUUAAGACAAAGUGUCUUACUGAACAUAGAUCGACUAAACAGCUUAUUGAACAAUAAAUAUCGGCUGAUACAUCGUUUAAAGGAGAUACCUGAUAACCUUACGAGUAAUCUUUUGGAGAAUAACUGGGGCGUUUAUACUCUUAAGUGCCCUGUUUAAAGAUCGAAAAUUGGGGAUUUAUUAUACUAGAUCUUCUUGUCUGAAUUUUGGGUAUAACACUUUUCUCUAUGUAAACCGUCGAAACAUUUUAUGAAGAUAAAUGUGUGUUUAUAUAUCUGUCGCGUUAAUGUAUACACAUAUUCCGGUGUUUAAGUAAAUGUUUGCUUUCAUUCGAGUAAUAAUGUACAUUUGAAUUGAGUUACAAUAUUCUUAAUACGUUCAGUGACAUUUGAUUGACUAAUUUUCAUUCGAAAAUGCGGAUGAUAUCAUGUUUAAUGUGCAUCUUGCUCAUAUAUGGAAUAAGAGUUUUCGACAAUGUGAACGGGAAUUCUUGGAAGAAAACAUCGUUUUUAAAGAAAGCAGAACUCGUGAAAUCCACUGGUCAUGAUAAUAGAUUGAGAAAUGACAAUGACAAGCGGGACAACACUUUUAAUCCAGUUUUACAAAACUUUACGUCAUUAUUUGAAUAUUUGAAUGCCGCGCGUCGUGAUUCUCAUAAUGUAAAACGCUCUCGGACGAAGCGGCAGUCACGGCCAAGGAAUUGCGCAGGUCAGUGUGAAGAUUCUCUGUGUUCUUGGCACGAGGUAUAUGAUGAAGAAAGCACGAGAAUCCCGCGAUUUAUCAAGUAUGCAGUAUGUGACAGUGCAACAUGUAACUUUGGUUUUGGUGGCUUAGAUUCCAGCACGACGCAUUCCCUUCAAGUUCGUACACAGUGUGAUCUUGUUAAAACGGAUAUCCUUGUUACGAACACUGAUGAUGGCGAACAGAGAUGGCUAACUAAUUGGCCAAUAGCUUGCGUAUGCGCGGAGAGGUUUGCAGUUUCUUCAGAAGUGUACGGUCAUGACGGCGGACUUUCUCAAAACGUUGACGUUGACAUUAGCCACAAUGAGCCAAUUGCGCCAGUAUCACGUCAACAAAUUAUUCUGAAUGACGUCAGACGCAGACCUUUAACUCAUUCACAAAGACGAAGGUUACAUCACCAACAACGUCACAUGCAACACUUUGAAACGUGGGAACACAUGAUGCUGAGGAAGUACAACAGAAUAUUAAAGUGAAAUAACUCUGUAAAAUUAUUUUAUACAAAAGGGAAAUAAAUCCGGUAAAUAAAAAAAAUACAUUGCCCUUUUUAUGCUGUAAUAUUAGACUCCAGAAUGUUACAUAAAUCUUUAAAUAUAUUUCUUUGCAAUUACUCCUACAAUUAAUCAUACAUCACAUACUAACGUAUACUUUUGUCACUAAAACUGUAUUUUAAACAACGUUUGUGUAGGUAGCAUGUAAUCGUUUUAUUAAGAUAAUAGAGA